AUGGCUGCCGAUCGAGAACUGUUCACCUAUACGUCCGGCCGGUACCUAUACAACGAGAAACUCCGUCUUGCGGAACGACACAUUGAAUUCAAUAUUGACGCGUUGAAAGCCAUUGCUGCGAGAUGUGUGGACCGGCAGUCCGUUUCAAGUAUGAAGAAGCUGGCUGAAGGUGGAUUUAACCGCGUCUUCGUCCUGACAAUGAACGACGGGUUUGAGGUCAUUGUGAAAAUCCCAUACCUGCUGACGGUACCACGAAAGCUCACCACGGAAAGUAAAGUCGCGACAAUGGACUAUCUCCGGUUAAACGGCAUUCCUGUUCCUCGAGUCUAUGCCUGGUCAUCAGAUGCCAGCAACAACGUCGGGACAGAGUAUAUCAUCAUGGAAAAAGCCCCAGGAAAGCUGCUGACAGAUUGCUGGUUUGAACUAUCCCCUAAAGAGAGAGUCAAUUUGGUGACCAGCUAUGUUGAGCUUGAACGGAAACUCUUUUCUCUCCCUCUCAGCGCCUAUGGAAGCCUUUUCUAUAAAGACAGUCUGCCAGAAGACCUUCGGAUUGGCCUUCCCACCCCCCAGACUGAGGACAAAGGCUUUGCGAAUCGAUUUUGCAUGGGACCGCUCUCAGAUUAUAUGUUCUGGCGGGGUAGACAUGCGGAUCUUGAUCUAAAGAGGGGGCCGUGUUGCGAUCAUCGUCAGUAUCUACAUGACGUCGGUCAGCGAGAACUGGAGUGGACACAGAGAUUCGGGAGGCCUCUGGAAAAUAACUUUCCCCAGAACACAAUCUUGCCUGGGGAGAUAUCGCAUGAGAUAUAUAUAGACCUCCUGAAGAAGUAUUUGGAACUCGCUCCAUACAUAUUGCCAGAACCCCCCCAGGAUCCUCUCAACAAACCAACAUUGCGACACCCAGAUUUGAAUCCUGCUAAUAUCUAUGUAUCAAGCUCAUGUGAGAUCUCGUGUCUCAUCGAUUGGCAGUAUACCUGUGCCCUUCCACUGCUAUUAGUGGCGGGAAACCCGCCCAUGUUUGAUAACCCAGACCCUGAGCCACCAAAGGACUUUUCACAGCCAUCACUUCCACCAGAUUCUGACAACCUUAGUCCUGAUGAGAAAUCGCAGGCCGAUGAGCUUCACCGGCGCCGAAUGUUAUUUUGGCUCUACAUGAUUUUCAAUGGGAGAGAUAACAAAGCCCAUCUCAAUGCCAUUCAAUAUCCCCUUCUGAUGCCCCGGCAGCACUUGGUUGAUAGAGCUGGCCGACAGUGGACCGGAAACAUCAUCACAUUGAAAGGUGCAAUUCUCAGAGUGGUUCAGAAUUGGGAUAUGAUUCUUGGGCCAAGAGCAGGAUCUAUCAAAUGCCCCGUCAGUUUUACCAGCAAGGAAGAAGAGGAAUUCUACAAAGUUGAAGAAUUAUGGUUCAAAAUGAAUGUUGUGGCAGAACACUACCGAGAACUUUUGGACGACCUUGGGCAGGAUGGGUGGGUGAGGAGUGAGUCGUAUGACAAGGUCGUCGCAUUGAACAAGACACUAAAGCAAGAGUGGGUGGAUGCAGCAGAAGAUGAGGAGGAUCGUCGAAGUAUAAAACGUUGGCCAUUUCAGGAUCAUGAGGAAAUCGACUGA